AUGAAGAUAAUACUGGUGCUUGUUGCAAUUGUUGUAUUUGCAUGUGCUGAAGACGAGAUAGUGCUACCGUUUCUUGAAGGUGCAUCACAAAAAGCGGUCAAUGAAUUCAAAAAAAUUUUGUUAAGAGCUGGUGAUAGAACUGAGGAUCAAUUUAUGUCUGAAGUUGAAGCCUGGGUUGCUAAACAAACUCCAAAAAUAAAGAAGGACUAUGCAGAAUACAAAAGAUUCCUGAUUGAUCGGCAGAAAAAGGAUAGAGCUGCACAUAAAGCUGCAGUAGCCAAAAUGUCAUCAGCAGCAAAGAAGGCUGACGCUAAAAUUAUUGCCGUUCUAACAAGCAAAAAACUUACAGGCAAUGAAAAGAGGCGAAAACUUAUUGCAAUCGCUAGAAGUAUACACUAA